AUGAAGUCCUACGCGGGUGUUCUCUUGGGCUUCGGUGCUCUUGCAGUGGCUGCCCCUGCUCCUCAACUCACUCUCACCCCUGCGAGCGCCCCCAUUCCUCCUGUUCGAAGCAGUGAAGUGACGGGUCCGACUUCUCAUGGCCCUUACAACGGCCCGAGUCCGACGGUGACGGGAGCUUUGAGCGCCCCCGCGGUUGCUGCGUCGAUCGCUCCUGCUGCCCCAUUGCCGGUCACAUACACCAACAACAAUGGGUUGCUGCAAGCUUCCAGCAUGCCUGUUCCGUACCAGCCAGCGGGCGGACAAGGCACCAAUGGAACUCUGCCAUAUUAUCACCCGCUGUCCGACUUUGACUACGAGUCGUUGACUCUUGCUCUGUACCAAGAAUGGAUUGAGCUGGACCUUUUCCACAACGGUCUUGCUCGAUUCUCCGUGCAGGAUUUCACCAAUGCUGGGUUGACUGCAGAGGAUCGAUUUUUGAUCGAAUUCAUGGCGGAUCAGGAGGUCGGCCAUGCAACGCUGCUCAGCAACAUCCUGGGACCUGCGGCUCCGCCCCAAUGUACCUAUAAUUAUCCCUACACCAACGUCCGGGAGUUUAUCGACUUUUGCCAGAAAUUGACGCGUUUCGGUGAGAGCGGUGUCUACGGUUUUUUGGGUCACUUGGACUCGCGAGAGUCUGCCACGCUGCUCCUUGAGUCUAUCACUACCGAAGCUCGCCAACAGAUGAUUUUCCGGCAAUUCGAUGGAUUGUUCCCGAUGCCUCUGUGGUUCAUCCCCGGUGUUCCUCAAUCGUGGGCGUGGACACUGCUGGCACCCUAUAUUUCGAGCUGUCCCGCGAACACGACUCGUCUGGCAUGGCAGAACUUCCCUCCGCUCACCAUCAUCAAUAAUCCCAACCCAGCUAAGACGAACCCAAAUAUUGGUCCCAUGUCAAACACCACUGGAUCUAACCCUCUGAAUACUACCGGCAUUGCCUCUAGUAACCUGUGUCUCAACGCCAAGGGUCAAUCCUCGGACUGUGGUCCAGCUAUCAGUCAAAACAAGUCCAUCCCGCUGUCUUACCCUGGAAGACCCAUUCAGUUGUCGUGGGGCAAUGUGAACGAGACCGUUGGUCCUAAUAACAGUUACAUCACCGCGCGAUCACCUCUUGCCGAUGCGCCCCGCUAUGCCAUGUUCGUCACCCAACUCAAUGCCACCUUCGUUCCACUAGUCAACAUCAGCGGCAACACUGGCGCGGUCGUUCAGCCCAAUAUGUCGACCUUUGCUGGAGAUCCCGCCGCCAACGGAACUAUGUUCAUUGCCUUGACAAGUCAGAACCCAUAUGUCACACCAUUCAAUCUGUCGAUGGUGAAUCCUUAUGUAUAUGCGGGACCAGCUUUGUACCAAGCUGGUUAA